UUCAAUCCGAAAUGACGCUAGAUUUUCCACGAAACUUGCGCCGAUUCUAAUUAAGUCAAGCAGCCUCUCCCUGCCUGCGAAAAUACUUAAUAUGUUCUUUUCCUAUAUUUAGGUUGGGAAAGUGAGUGCUAAAUUUAGAUUGCAGAAAUAUUUAAUAUUUUGUCGCUAGUGCAUGCCUGGAGUCGCAUCAUUUUCGCGAAUGUGAAUUGAGAAAAAUCCGAAUGUGAGAUUCAAAGAUAGUGUCAGUGAUGUGAAGCGAUAGUAUUCGGUGCCACCUGCUGAAGGGUUGAAUUUGAUUUGAGUUGUGAUUGUAGUUUGUGGGCCCUACGUGGAAUUAACGUAAUUUAGAAAAAAAAUGAAGGGAGAGAAGCUGCCGCCUGUAUGUCUGAACCAUAUGUAUUCUGCAAACAAUAUUUUCGGUACCUGCAAUUCAUCGAGUUAAUGCGGUUAUAGAUACGGUUAUUACAAAAACCUGCACUCGAUGUGGUUCAAGUUUUUGUUCAAUAUGUAGUGAAGCUUCAUUGUUGCAAAAAGUUAAAUGUUUAUGAUUGAAUCGAAAUCAUCCGGCUUGUUCAGUGUAGCGUGUGAAAAUACUUUGAGGCUCCUUUGCACAUAUCACAGUUUCAGAUAAUACAAGCGCUUGCCAGCUCAUCAGCCCCGUCAUCGUACCAACUGACGAGGACGAAGGGUUUGAUGUGACGCGAUGCCGCAACUAAGCUACUCCACAUACAUGUACUCAUAAAAAGGAUUCUCGGUUUGAUUUCCCGUUUUCGCCUCUGUGUCCUGCGGUCUGAUUAAGUGCAAAAACGCAUACGAAUGCCUAUGGUUACCGAUUCCGUGUGGGGGAGCCUUAAAGCAAAAUGUUUGCAAACAUAUGUUUUUGCUACUAAUUAGAUGUGCAAAAGCUGCACGGGACACGAGGCUAACAACUUUAUCACAACUAUUAAACAAACUACUCACGCUACUAAUAGAUACUCUUUAGACUUAGAAGUGCUACUUUUACCACAUCAGCAUUUUAUCAGAGCCAAGGAAACCGCCAUAGAAUUCCACCAGAAACAAAAAUAAAGCCCCAGCAUCCGAAAUCAAGUUUGGUAAGGUGGCUCGCGUUAGGCCAUCCAGAGCAGCUUGAAAAAAGUACAUUCAUCAUUCGGUUGUUACGAGAGUCCUGAAAUCUCCCGGAAAAAUUUCAAGAAGUUCGCUCCGCUUCCUUGCUUUCAUUUCGUUAUAAAUCAAUCCUGGCCGCCUCUUUCAUUACCUCAGUUCUCUUGCCGAAUUUCCGAAUAAGUGCCAAGUCGUGAUUAGUGCGGGAAAAUUGAUAACAGCCGGUCAUCGAGCUUUAGUAUAUCUAGUUUUUCUAACUGAGUGUGAAAGUAGCUUGGAAACUGGUUAUUUCGCGAGUGAAAAUGUGCGUCGCGACACGGCCGAUAAAUUCUGGGAAAGAAAUUUCGCAAGGAUGGCGCCCGGUACAGAAAUGGAGGCUGCAGGCCGUGGUGCAGUAAAUGGUCAAGAUCGGCUCAUCGCGAGGCCGGCUGGCAACUUGGAUUCAGUGAAUCGAUUUCAGGAGGCGAUGAUUUUAAAAUGGCCGGGCCCCAGAUUCAACGACCAGUUGCAACUGGAUAUAGUGAAAUCGGUGCCCGGACAACGGCGGGAACUCUCCAGUCCGCGUCGUCUAACCCUUACGAGUGCGGUAUCGGCGGAGGUGUCCUGUAUCGCGGCGGGGGUGGAGGCGGCGCUGUUAGCAGCGUUGCCGUGGUGGGGGGCAAUAACGACCGCGGCAAUGGUCAGCAACAGGAGAGUCGAUCAGGCGUUAGUAGCAAUGAUGCACUUAUUGUUUCCGGAUCACAAGUGGAGAUACUCGUCGAUACUGCCUCGAAAAAAUGCAACAAAACGAAAGACGUCGAGCAGGGAAGCAAAAGAGUGCGACAUAAAAAUCGCCCGCUAUUUCGUCGGUUCUUCACUUAUGUAAGGAACGCCUUCUCCGGGGUGAACUUUUCAUCGUCACAUGAUUCUGAAUUAGAAGAACUUGAAGCACCACCAAGAUAUCGUCCGGAUUCACUAAGUGCCCUAUGCCGAGCGACGCGAUUCUCCGAGGCCGAAAUAAAGCGAAUUUAUCGCGGUUUCAAGGCUGAAUGUCCAACGGGUGUGGUCAGAGAAGAUACCUUCAAAAUCAUAUACGCUCAGUUUUUUCCUCAGGGAGGUUCGUGCGCAAAUACAGGCCUUUAUGCACAUUACGUUUUCAACACAUUGGAUCAAGACCAUAGUGGAAUUAUUAGCUUUGAGGAUUUUGUUCAAGGACUCUCAAUACUCUCGCGCGGAUCAAUGGAGGAAAAGUUACGGUGGACUUUCUCACUGUACGAUAUAAACGGCGACGGGUACAUCACGCGAGAGGAAAUGACUGACAUUGUGACUGCCAUAUACGAACUCGUCGGCCGACUUCCUGAUACUUGCCCCGACGAGGAGAAAAUUAAAGAAAAGGUCGAAAGAAUUUUUCAGAAAAUGGACAUCAACCGUGAUGGUGUCGUUACACUUGAUGAAUUUUUAAUGUGCUGUCGAAAUGACGAGGCUAUAUCGCGAUCCAUAGCUGUUUUCGAUACAGCGUUCUGACCAUAUCCUUCCAAUGCAGGCGAACAACUCCCUCUACAUGAGCCACACAAUCAAGUCAACAGCAAUCGCAGCCAUAAUCAGCAACACCCGCAACAAUCGAUGAAUCAGCAAUCAAAUCAAAAGUCCUCCCAAAGAAAUCCAUCCGCGAGUACGAAGCAUCAUCCUCCCCGGGAAGUUCCUGACAGAGACGCAGGAAGGCAAGGUGAUGGAGGAGAAGACGGGUCGCCUGCAAUAUGUCGACAUUGUGCACGUCCUAGAGAUCAACUUAUGGCCCAUCGUUAUAGACAUAAUGUGAACUUAAUGAAUAAUAGACCUACAACUAGCAAGGGUAACAAUUGCAGUAACAGUAGUACUAGUAGAACUCGAUAUGGUGAACAGGUAGCGCCAUCUACGUCAGCCCCUUCAAAUCCUAAUAAACGAUCGAGAAUGCGUCGUCAUGAUUUGAAUUUUAGUGAUAAGUCCGCUAGCAGUGGAAGUAGAAAUCAAAAUAGUCAUAUAGCAGCUAGUGCCGCCACCGGCCUCAAUACUAACUACAGUAAGGGAUGCGGGCGUGCACCAAUAAGUUCUAGUCAACCUUUGUCCAGUGAUCAAUUACAAGUUCCCGAUUCGCCGUCUCUAGUGAGGGUACGAACCUGGUACACAGUAGCCAAACAGGGUGUUUCGUGUUAGCAUAUGUACUACUCAUUUCGGAUAAACGACCACGAUAAACGGAGAAAGGAGAAGGUAGUGGCUUAGAGUGAAAUUGAAAUAAAAGACCUUCGGUCACUGAAACAAAUCUAAAUAAAUCCUCGUUAGAAUUAAACGUAAUAAAGAGAACAUUCUGAUUUCGAACGGAGUUGAAUGGGAUAUCUUCUUUCUUUACUUCGCCUGAUUUUCUGUUGGAGCUGCACAGUAGGAUGUAAACUGCCAACGUUCAUUCCUACAACUAAAUAUGGCUUGUUAUCUGUCAGGUAAUCCCGUGCAUAGUGCUUUCUCUGAGAUACAAACAAGGGAUUCUCUUUUCUUUCUCUCCAAUUCUAAUUUUAAUCUGAAAUUCAACAGAUGAUAUGACAUAAUUCAAAGUUUGAAUGACUAACUUAGCCAUUGCAUCACAACAUAGCUACUACUGUGUAAAUAAAUGAUUCAUUUACAGAUUUUUCAAGACUUUUUGGUAAUAAGCAAAUAUGUACAUAUAUUGAAACUAGACCAAAUUUUCCUUGAUAUGAUUCUAGGAAAGGGUUCUUGGAAAAACAUUUAAAUUCUUAACAGUUGUUAGUUGUCUUGAUAAUGAGAAUCGAAAUUAUUUUUGAACUUAACUAUAUUCCUUGCAAAAUAUAACAUUCAGUCCGAGCUAGCAGACGCUAACAUACCUUUCCUGUCACCAAUGAAUUUAAUCCGCAAGCUUUACUGGAAUCAACGAGCUCAACCUCCAUAUUGACAAAGGAAGCUUUUCCAAUUGAACUCCCUAAUAACUCUGUCCGCUACAUGAUACCAACCCCCAAGCGGAGAAUCUAGAUACAAGUAACGAAUAUAAAUACAGACGUUCAAAGAUGGAAGCUUUCCCGCAUACGCUUUGAAGUUAGGCCCUUUCAACUCCGUUAACUACGCGCACAUACCGAGCUUAUCUAGUUAGAGUUUCACUUGAAGCCACUGCUGGUUCCCGAACUAAGGUAAUUUACUCAACUCAAGAUAUGUGUAUAUGAUUAGACUAUCAUUUCUAUCACAGAAUAGCGGUUAUGUAUCGUUUAAGAGGAGAGAUAUUAAGCAACAUUUUGUAUCAAAGUGUAUUAAAUUUGUCUAUAAUUUUAAGGACGAAAGCAAAUUUUGUUUAUUUUUAUUGAACUUGUUAUCGGAUAGUGUAGUAUCUGAACUCUAGUAAGCGGGGGAAGUUGAUAAAACAUUUUAGUAAACACAACGUAUUGUAAUCGAUCUCGAAGUUUCCCAACAACAGGGAUCUUUGGUAGAUAACGUUUUUCAUUGUAGGAAAAUUCAUUUUUAGUUGUUUAUAUCAUCUUGGUAGCUGUAACAGAAAAAUACAAAAUAUGAAAUAAAUACAAACUUGUUGAACUCGAUAUUAAUUUUUUGUUGAAUUUAAAAAUAAAGAACGAGGCACAGAGCUACAAUUAACUGCUAAUCGGAAUCGAGAAUUUCUUUGUAUGUAGAAUAACUCUGAGUGCUUUUCAAAUAUGUUUGUAUGAACUGCAGAUGUCAAGCUGAAGCGCCAUUUAGGGAAGAGUCGUUUUCUUCUAGCAUUGUUUGUUCCAGUAACAAAAGUGGUUGACUCAGAAUUGGAUUGUCAAAUUCCAUUUGGUUUUGUAAGAUUUCGGCCUAGCUCUAAGCACUGACCGCCCCAGGAAAAUUCAUAUGAAAUUUAAAAUUUGAUAUAAUUUCAUGUGGAAUUAAAUUGGUAAUAUUUGUACUGUUUGACGUUGCAUCUUGAAACGUCACUGCGCUAUAAUUUUCAAAUAGAAUUAAACAACAAAAUGAAUGACAUUCACAAUUAAAUCAAUGACAGAAAACCAUUAGUGUAAGUUCAUAUGCAAGAAGACUAUACACAGGAGGUGAAACUGCCUAGGCAAGCCUUGAAGUUUUCCGGGACAAAAAAUAUAGCGUCCGGUGCGCAUGGCUUUUCCGUCAGGAUCGUAUAUGCGUUCUGCGCUUCAUCAUUGGCAUUGGUUCCCAUUUGUAUGACGGUGUUAGUGCAUCUGACUGCAUUUGAUAUAGAAAUUUUCCGGCUGGGUUCCAAAACCAAUUGUAGAAGGCGGCGAUUUCAAUAAUAUUGCAAUGACACUUUAUCAAUUUCCUAUUGUAUUUAUGUAUGUAUGUUUUGGUUGUUAAUUAUUAUUAUUAUUCUGUUAAGGGAAAGACGCCCCAUUUACUGGUUACAGUGUACUUAUUAAUCAUAAUGUCUCAAGCAAGCCUAUAACCGCCAGGAACUUUAGUAUAUUCCCUACUUCCAGAUAUUUCAACUUUGCAUUUGGUAUUAAGUAUUCUCCCAGAUGCAUCCACCUAAUUUGCACAAGCACCGGACACUCUCCCAGAACGUAUAUAGAGGUUUCAUCAUCCUCCGCACAAAACCUGCAGGCAGUGUCCGUAGAUAUCCCUAGCUUCCCUAGGUGAUAGUUCAGCCGACAAUGACCAGUGAGAAUCCCCACUAUGAUUCGGAGG